CCGCAGCAGCGGAGGAGUCUGAUGACGCUGAUGAGCUCAUUAAGGUUAAUUGGCGGCAGCUGUGCGCGCGCCCGACGCCCCGACAGCAGCGGACACAGCAGCGAUGUUGGAGUUAAAGAUGGACGACUGUCUGACUCGCGGUGACUCGUCUCAGCUGGUUUCUCUGCUCCACUAUGAGGGACUGACCAGCACCACACUCACCACACUGGACCAGCUGGUUACCAAGGAGCUGAGCGGAUCCGGUUUCAGCAGAGUUCUGGUCGUGUUGCGGUCUUUAGAGAUCCUGUCGGAGAACAGAGACGACCUGCAGACGCUGAUCAAUCACGGACUGAUCACCAAAGUGCUGUCGUGGUUCGAAGCCGUCCGUGACCUCCUGACCUCUGACCUGCAGAAGAGCUCCGCCCCCCCGCUGAGCCUGACUGAAGGCUUCUACGACUACUUCCUGCUGCUGGGUCAGAGCUCUCUUCCAGUCAGUCAGCUGUCUGUGGUUCUUCUUCAGUUGGCUCUGUCUGCUCUGGAACCAAAAGUCGUCUUCGCACUGAGAUUGGAGGCUAUCAGAACCUUCAACAGCAUCCUUGAGUCUCUGAGCCGAGAGCUGCGGAAACUGAUCCAGAACAACCAGAACCUCACACUCACACUAUCUCAGGUGGCAGAAGCAGUUCUGACAGUUGGAGACUACGAGCUGCAGGUGAGCCUAUCAGAGGCUCUGUGUCGUCUGACUCCCAGGAAGGACCGACAGCAGAGAGCCAAUCAGUGGUUUUCCAGCCCUGACAUCAGCAACGCCUUCUGUGACAUCAGAGACGGAGACUUUGAGGUGGACUGUCGGCGUUUCCUGAACUUUGUUAACAGUUGCCAUGGAGAUGACAGAAGGGUUUACACCUUCCCCUGUCGCAGAGCCUUUCUAGACUCCACUGAGCUGUUUCGUCCAAAAGAUGACAAACUGGACGAGUUCUGGAUCGACUUUAACCUCGACUCAAGAUGUGUGAGCUUCUUCAUCGACGAACCUCAGGGCUUCCUGUGGGGGUCAGUUCACCUGCUCAGAGAGGAAGUGGAUCAUUACAGAGUUCAGCUCAAAGAUGACGAAAGCAGUGGGGCUGAUACUGUCCUAAGCGUCCGGCUGAACAAUCCCAUCAUGCACCUAAACAGCAGAGGCCAGACAGUGAAACUGACCUUUGACCCUGAACACCACAGACAGCUGGAGGAGGCUGCAGGGAGAGUCUUCAUGGUGUCUAGCUCCCCCCGUGUUACAGACUCAGGUGGUACAGUCCAGGUCUCCCCCUCUGCGGCCAGAAGCAGUGGUGCGUCCUACAGCAGGAAGAAACCACAGAGCAAGAGUCAGCUGAAGAUUCUGCCUCUGUCAUCUCCGAGCAGUGAAGAAGACUCCUCUGUAACCACGACUCCGGUGGGAAGACGAGCAGAGUUUCUGUUUGAUCAGAUCAGACACUCGACACCAACGUACAACUCAGGUGUUCCUGUGGGGGCGGAGCUAGAGAUCUCACAGGUGCAGGCAGUGGAGUUUGAUGGAAGCGGCUCUCUUUUACAACAGGAAGUCUUCAGCUCCAACAGGAAGAGAGCAGCUACAGACUCAGGGUACCUGUCAGGCCAAACUGAGGGCCCGUCAGCCCAGAGGAGGAAGGCAGAGCCUCAGUCAGAAAAGGAGGAGUCAGCCUCAGCACUGCCAGAGUGGCCACGUGAGGGGGCGGAGCCAUCUGUAGAAGACGAGGGUCUGAUUGAUGGAGGGGCGGAGCCAUCUGUCAAGAGGGAGGAGCCUGUGAAUGAGCCAGAGUCAGACCUGACAUCAGGAAUUACAACUGCCUUCAAAGCCUUCAAAGCACAGCUAGAACAACACUUCACUAGCUGCUGGCAAAAACUUGAAGCUGAGGUUCUUCUGUCCCUGAAAGAGUGUCAACAACACAUCUCCUCACUGCUCACAGCUGUCCAUCAGCACAGGUUAGUCCUGCUGCAGAGCUUUGAGAACAGCAUCACUGAUCAGCUGAGCCAACUGGAAGAAAACUCCGCCAGUCUGAACUCCAUAAACGCUCAGAUCCUGAGUUUCUUCCAGUCUGAGAUGCAGCGACUGGGCUCCUUCUGUGAGGAGCAGCAUCAGAGGUUGAAGUCUUUGGAGAAGGCGGAGUCAGGGGAGGAUCGUCUGUCCAGCCAAUGAAGGAAAUGAAAAGUUUCUGAACUCAUUAAAGAAGUAAUAAAAAGUGUUUAACAAAGUAAAUA